AAUUGCCGGAAGAGAAACCCAACCCAACCUCCGAUUCCCCAAUCGCCAUCGCCCCUCCGCCGCCAUCCAUCCAUCAAUGGCGUCCGCCGCCGCCACCACCGCUGCCCACCUCCGCCUCCUCUCUUCCUCAUCAUCCCUCUCCAAGCCGCUCCUCUCCAAGCCCCACCUCCUCGCCCUCACCCUCUCCCGCCCCGUCUCCUUCCAGCGCCUCGCCGCCAGGCCCGCCGCCUCCCCGACCCCCUCCACCUCCUCCCCCUCCCCCUCCCCCGCCGUCGACCCGGCGCAGCUCCCCCCAGCCCUCCGCGACAUCAUCGCGCUCUUCCAGUCCGUGCCCGACGAGCGCACCCGCUACAAGCAGCUCCUCGCCUACGCCGCCCGCCUGCCGCCCAUGGACCCGGCGCUCAAGACCGACGCCAACCGCGUGCGCGGCUGCGUCUCCCAGGUCUGGGUCCACGCCGCGCCGGAGUUGGACGCGCCCGGCUGCGUCAGCUUCCAGGCCGACUCCGACGCGCAGCUCACCAAGGGCCUCGCCGCGCUGCUCGUGCUCGGCCUCUCCGGCGCGCCCGCCAGGGACGUCGCCAUGGUGCCCGUCGAGUUCAUCGAGAUGCUCGGGAUCAGGCAGAGCCUCUCCCCGUCCCGGAACAGCGGCCUGCUCAACAUGAUCAACCUCAUGAAGCUCAAGGCGCUGCAAAUCGCCGCGGGCGAGGAGGCGACCGGCACCCAAGAAACCCAUCAGCAGCCUGCUGAAACGCCUGCCGUGCACAAGGAAGAGCCUCAGUUUGCGGCUUUCGAUACCCAAAAAAUGACCGAGAGUUCAGAGGCGGAGACCCCUGAGGAGGACCAAUUCCAGGAGGAAGAAACAGCAGCUGCUGUGGUGGUGGACGGGAAUGGCAGCCUCGGAGGUGGCAGGAAGGAGAGGAUAAUGCACAAUUUGGAGAGAGGGCUUUCUCCGGUUGAGCUAAACGUUGAGGACAUUUCGUACCAGCACAAGGGGCAUGCCGGGGUAGCAGGCAGCGACGGAGAGACACAUUUCAACGUGCGGGUGGUGUCCAACGAGUUUGAGGGGAAGAGCAUGCUCAAGAGGCACAGGGCUGUGUAUGAUCUCCUGCAGGACGAGCUCAACACUGGGCUGCACGCGCUGUCCAUCGACGCAAAGACACCGUCCGAAGUCUAGGUACCACAUAUGUCGCCCAUGAGGUCCAUUUUUGCCACAUUGUAAAUUUAGUACCUAGAAUAGUGCUUCUCACUUGCUGAGAACUCUGCUUUUACCAUUCUUGAUGGCUUGAAGAUGCUUCACAUAUGAUACUUGUUGUGCCACCAGCGGAAGAGGGUCUUCCGGAUAUACUAAAACACAAGUUGGAAAUUUACAAUGAUAAGCUUUCAUGAUACUAA